GCGGCCGGCACCGCGCCCGCGCUGUGGCUGUGGUGUUCGUUCGUUCGUUCAGUAGGCUAGCAGCAACCGACCAGGACGGACGGUGCGCGGUCGUGUUUCGGUUUCGGUUUCUGUUUGUGGCACCUAGCAGAAUCCUUUGGCUGUCGAAGGAAAAAGUGGUCUUGUAUUUUGAUCUUGAAAAUAAAAGUCACGUUGCCUUCGAUCAACAAAGUGUUACAUCAAGCAUAGAAAGUGUGUGAAAAAUCAGUGUCAUUCCUGUGAAGUGUUGUUCAGUGAAGAAUAAGUCUGUUCAAUUGUGAUUGACAACAGACACAACGAGUGACAAGUGAUUUUGUGCUUUGGAAGACAAAGGAUUAACAAAAUAUCUGAAAACGGCGCAGUUAUGUCAGCUGCCGUCAUGUCGUCAUCGGUGUACGAUUUUGGAGACACCCUAUUAAAGAGCCACAACAGCAGCGCCGGCCGCCACCAGCACGGUCAGCACGGCGGCGUGCGGUGGGCCGACGCGCGGGUCGCCGGGGUGCUCGACUACCAGCGCGAGGGCCUCAGCAGGCGCGCGUCCAACCCCGUCACGUCUGCCCCGCCACCCGGCCUGGCCGCCCUCAACAUGACCCACGCCCUGGUGCUGCAGCUCGACACGCAGCCGCAGUCGCCCCCCGCCCCCGCGCCCGUGACGCCCACCCCUACACUGCAAGCCGUGCCCCCCGCGCACCGCAAGCUGGACCGCAGCCACAGCGAGCCCGCCAACGCCGCGUCCGUGUGCAAGUCCGCGGCCGCGGCCGCCGCCGCCGCCGCCAACAUCAACACGUCGCGCUACAAGACGGAGCUGUGCAGGCCCUACGAGGAGUCCGGCUCGUGCAAGUACGGCGACAAGUGCCAGUUCGCCCACGGCGCGCACGAGCUGCGCACGCUGGUGCGCCACCCCAAGUACAAGACGGAGCUGUGCCGCACGUACCACACGAUCGGGCUGUGCCCCUACGGGCCGCGCUGCCACUUCGUGCACAACGACGAGGAGGUGAUCGGGCACGCCAAGCCCAGCAUGCAGAACGCCAUGCCGGCCGCCAUGGCCAACGUGGGGCCGACCGGCGUGCCCAACGGCGUGCCCACCGGCGUGCCCCGCCCCAAGGCGCUGACGCUGGCCACGGCGCCGCUCCCCGCCCACGCCGCCCACGCCGCGCACUCCCCGGCCCACAGCUACCUGGGCGGCUCCACGGCCGACUCGCCCUCGCCGACGUCCAGCCUGAGCCAGUCGCCCACCAACUCGCACCGCUCCUUCUUCAUGUCCUCCGAGGACGUGUUCGGCUCGGGGUCCGUGUCGCCCACGCCGUCCUCCGCCACGGCCAACACGGCCUUCUCGUUCGGCCAGGACUUCGGCCUGGUGCAGUCGCCCCCCGUCGGCCACCACGCGCCCUGCGGUAGCGGCGGCAGCACCGGCUCCGGCAGCUCCAGGGACUCCCCCUCGCCUCCCGGCUCCCCCUUUCGCCUGCCCAUCUUCAACACCCUGUCCAACCAGGUGCUCAACAUCCGCCUGGACGCGUAGGCCGCUCCCUACCCUCCCCUGUUCGUCCUGCCCGUCCCUCCCUCCCCAUUGAGCACAGCACUAUUUAUAUUAUUGUACAGAAAAGAAGAGCGGCCCAACCAUGGGAUUGGAUCUCCUGCGGUAGGCCUUGCUUCCUUAGCCGCCUUAGCGUUUGCUCAACCAUCACGAUGACGUUGUCCUGCUGGGAGACAACCUACCUACCUUUAUCUACGGGACUGGUGUCGUUUCUUCUCUUUUUUCCAUGUGUAAUUUAUUUGUGUAUCUUAUGAGUUGAAAGGUGUAAUCGAUUGAACCUGUGAGAAUAAUUAUAGGCUUUUGACUUUUUUUUGUCGAAAUCCACCUUGACCAAGAUGUUUUUUCAAUUGCGUAAAUUAUCAUUUUAUGUUAUUUAUUAUUUUACUUAUGAGUUGAAAGUCAUAUGUUUGUUUUUGUUUUUUUAAUUAUUAUUGCUAGUGCGCUUAAGGGCAUUUUCCUUUAUUUAGUAAUGCUCCAAUCGUGGAAACCAUCAGGGACUGAAUGUCCAUGUGAAAGGUACCUUAGUCCAGUAAUGCCCCCAACGUGAUGUGAUUUAAUUUUUAAAAUAACCUGGUUAAAGUACUUUAUAAUAAUAGAAUUGUACAUAAGUGAAAUAAGAAACAAAGUUAACCAAGUUGACCACAUUUUUUUUGUCAUUAACUUCAACAAUCUUUAUUGUCUAGACUUCUCGUUUUGAGUGUAAAUUGCUGCACUUUCCAUUCCAUUGAUUAAUAUUCCACUGCUACACAUUCGAAUUAUGUUAGUACAUUCAUCCAUGAUAACUUGAAAGACUGUCAACAUGAUAUUUCCUCAAAGUAUUGAAAGCUUGAUUUCCUUUGUUUUCAUCUAUGAUAGAGGCUUUCUUCAUUGAGCCUAAAAGCUCUUAAGCAAUAAGAUUAAAUGCUCACCAUGUGCGGUUCAUAUAUGUGAUGUAUUGUAGCAGCAUCCUUAACAUUUCUCCCUGUUAAAUUAUUGAAAUUGGACGUGUCACUUUCACAUUUGUCUUUCGUUGUUUCUGUGAAACAUUUGGAAAAGUGCAUCAGGUUUUGUGAUUCUGCUUGUAUAUUAUAAUUUAUGUUUUGUAUAAACUGGAACGAAUCACUAUGGUCCUGUUUGUCUUGUUUUCGCCCCUCACAAUUUAUUUAUGAUGAUGUAUACAUGUAUUAAUUUUUGCUUCAAUCAAUUAUAUGUUUAACGGAGUGCACUGACUAAGAAAGAUUUAAUUGCUAGGGGCGGCUUUUCAGCCAUGGUACAUGAAGGCAGUGUGGGCCAGUAUUCAUUGAAUUCUAGGGCCGGCUGGCUGUCAUUUGUAGGUUUUAUACCUGUAGUCACUUAAUAUAACUUAUAUUGCCGGUAUUGUAUUCAGUUCUCCUGAAAGAAAAUUUUGAUUUUGAAGACAGAGGAGCCAAUGUUGAAGGUUUGAUUGUGAUUGGUUUCGCACAUUUUUGUUUUCUUUUUUAAAUUAUUUUAUAACAUGUUAAUUUAUAUAUUUUUGAGGUCCAGGCAACUUGUCUGGCAUACUAUCAUGCUGAAUCAGGUGCCCAAUAAUUCCUCACUUAGAUAAUGCGUUUUAGACAGGACAACUGUAAUAUCCAUGUGUGUCGAUUCAGUCUCUGCACUUCCCUUUAUUUCCUUUUUUUAUUUUAAACUGUUGAAUUAUUUAUUGAGGGGCGCCAGUUGUAUUUAUUGUGGUCGGCGCGUUGCUGCGCGGGUUAGUCAUGGGGAAGUAGCCAAACCCGUUUCUCAUACAGGUCCAGGAGCUUUUUUCAUUCACCUUUAUUUUUCUGUUAUCUGUUCUUUUUGUUUCUGUUUUUUUUUGCUUUUUUUUUUCAAACUUUCCAAUUCUGGAGCGAAACCAACAUACUUGCAAAAUGAGCUUCCUGGCGCGGGCGGUCUAGAGUGCCACUGACGGCCGUGCCCCGCCGGAGCAAUCUAGUGCGCUUCGAGCCGAAGGGUACAUGUACAAGUUGCCCUUGUUCCAGUGUCACAGCUUCGGUUUUGGUUUCGUCCUUUUCGGGUUCCUUCGGGUCUCAAACCUUGCGCGUUCGGGGUGAAGCAGGGCACUGGUUGCAUCCCUACCGCGAAAGGUUUCGGUUUCCGGUUGGGUUGGUGAAAAAUUCUUGCUUUCAGUUUGACUUUAAGAAAAUGUACUAUUUUUACAUAAAUAGUUUUCCCUGUCUAUUUAGUCAAGUUUGUAUUUAAUGUGUGGUAACUUAUUUAACAAGUAUUUAUCACUUUUUGUUUUGGACGACGAUCGUGCAAAGACACCUUGUGUAUGUUUAUUAUUUGUUUAUAAAGGAUAUGUACCAUUAAAUUAUAUUAUUUUAUAAAUCAUGAUAAAACUACGUGGAAAUUGGUGUUUUUCUCUGAGUUUUUUAUAUUGUCAGCAGACGUAAAUUAUUGAAAAUUUGAGCUGAGUUAUGUUUUAGUUUAGACAAAUGUUUACAGUGUGUAAAAAACUUAUAUUUUAUUGCUCAUAUUCGCUUAUACACUAUGAAGAAUCGUAAAAGUCAAAUAAAAUCCUCUUUCCAUUGUUUUCAAA